UACCAUGCACCAAUAUCAGUUUAUGUGUACUUCCUAAAGCGUGUUGCUAAUAAUAUUGACUUGUAAAUAAAGGUUCCGGUAUUUUUUUUAAGUAUGAGAAAUGUGAAAGGACUUUUUAGCUACAUGACAAAAACUAAAAGUUUUUAUAUAUCAAUAAUAGUUAUAAUAUUCAUAAUUUUCAUUGUUAAUAGGAUGGGCCCACGCAAUUAUAAUUACAAACAGAUUGGCACAGAAAUUAACUGUGUUAAGCACAAAGUUGAUGAACAAAGAUAUUUAUUAUUUCCUAUGAUCACAAUACUCUACAAAUAUGGUUUAGGAAAUCAACUAUUCGAAGUAUUUUCACUGCUUGGCAGUGCGCAGACCCUCAAUCGAACUGCAAUUUUCAAUGCUGAUGAUGAUAUUCUUCAAUCAAAGUUAGAUUUACUUCAAAAACAAGUACCCCAGGUUGCUGCACGAAUAAUUUCCAUUCCAAUUGAGAUAGCUGAAUCCACUCGAUAUUUAUUCCUACCAGCAUGUUGUCAUUAUCAAUUUCCGUCUCUUUUUUCUUGUGAACGGAGUAAAUUUCUUGUCAUUGAUGGUCAAUAUUUUCAGAGUUUCAAAUACUUUUCAGCAAUAGAUUCUCUAAUAAGAAAAUUGUUGAAACCGCCGAUAGACGAAGAGAUUAUACUAAAAAAGAUGAUCGGAAGAAAGGAUGAGUUAAGAUUCAAAAACUGCGUUCACAUUCGUCGUGGAGAUUAUGUCAAUGAUUUUGACCACGCCGAAACUUCCUCAUACUUUACGAUUCGAGCGAUUGACUACGUACAUACUUUGCAUCCUGGCUUAGUAUAUCUAAUAAGUGAUGAUCCAAAAUGGGUUCGGAAGCAAAUAGCUGAACAUCUUGACUAUCAUGAUGAUGUUAAAAUUAUGGAAACACCAAUAAAUGCAGCAAUAAGAGAUUUAUAUUUUUCACAAGCUCAUUGUGAUUCCGUUUUGAUCACUGCUCCAUCGUCAACGUUUGGUUGGUGGAUUGGAUACAUGUCCAAAAAUCAGUCAAAUGUUUAUUACCGAGAUAUUCAAGAAACUGAUGAUAUGGUCAAAUAUAAAAUGGUGGAGGAAGACUUCUUCCCGCCCACGUGGAAAAAGUUGGGAAUGUCACGAAACGGGUCGAUAAUUUCAAAAUAGAUGGAUGUAUUAUUUUUUCAAAAUAAAUAAAUGUUUAUAUCACG